AUGGGAACUACCACCGUGGAUUGCUGCGCCACGCAACUCAUUGACGGUGACGGAGUCUUCAACGUCUCCGGUCUAGACAAUUUCAUCAAGACUUCAAAUAUGGCCGCGUGUGGACUUUCUUACGCCGUCGUUGCUAUCAUGGGACCGCAAAGUAGCGGGAAGAGUACUUUGAUGAAUCAUCUUUUCAACACUUCUUUCAGGGAGAUGGAUGCUUUUAGGGGAAGAUCUCAAACCACUAAGGGUAUUUGGAUGGCUAAGUGUACUGGAAUUGAGCCGUGCACUAUUGCUAUGGAUUUAGAGGGUACAGAUGGAAGGGAGAGGGGUGAGGAUGAUACUGCAUUUGAGAAGCAGAGUGCUCUUUUUGCUUUGGCAGUAUCCGAUAUUGUUUUGAUAAACAUGUGGUGUCAUGAUAUUGGUCGUGAACAAGCAGCCAACAAACCUCUUUUAAAAACAGUUUUUCAGGUCAUGAUGCGCUUAUUCAGCCCUCGGAAGACAACAUUGCUUUUUGUUAUACGUGAUAAAACAAAGACUCCACUGGAAAAUUUGGAGCCUAUUCUAAGAGAAGAUAUUCAAAAGAUUUGGGAUGCAGUUCCAAAACCUCAAGCUCAUGUACACACUCCUCUUAGUGAAUUUUUUAAUGUGGAGGUUACUGCUUUGUCAAGCUACGAGGACAAAGAGGAUAAAUUCAAAGAGGAGGUUGCUCAAUUACGACAACGUUUCUACCAUUCUAUAGCACCUGGAGGUCUCGCUGGUGAUCGGCGUGGUGUGGUGCCCGCAUCUGCUUUUUCUAUUAGUGCACAACAUAUAUGGAAAGUCAUACGAGAGAACAAGGAUCUUGAUCUCCCAGCUCAUAAGGUAAUGGUUGCAACUGUGCGUUGUGAAGAGAUUGCUAAUGAAAAGCUUGAUCUCCUACGUUCUGAUAAGGGUUGGCUGGAGUUGGAGGAAGCUGUUCAAGUAGGUCCAGUACAAGGCUUUGGGGAAGCGUUGAGCUCCAUUAUUGACACUUACCUUUCUCUAUAUGAUGAGGAGACAAUCUUCUUUGAAGAAGCUGUGAGAAAAGCAAAACGGAAGCAAUUGGAAUCAAAUGCAUUGGAUAUAGUGCACCCUGCUUAUACAACAAUGAUAGGGCUUCUACGCUCUCAAGCUUUAGACGAUUUUAAGACUAAGCUGGAUCAAUCACUAAACAAUGGAGAAGGAUUUGCUUCAUCUGUUCAAACAUUGACUCAUUCUAUUUUGCACGAGUUUGAUAAAGGAUCUGCUGACGCUUCUGUAAGGCAGGCUAGUUGGGGUGCUUCAAAAUUGCGAGAUAAGCUUCGUCGUGAUAUUGAUUCACAUGCUUUAUCUGUGCGUGAUGCAAAAUUAUUGGAGAUAACAACUAAUUUCGAGAAACAACUGGCCAAGGCAUUGGCUGAGCCUGUAGAGUCCCUCUUUGAAGCAGGAGGAAAGGACACAUGGGUUUCAGUAAGAAGACUUCUUAAACGCGAAACUGAAGUUGCUGUAUCAGAAUUUUUAGAUCGCAUUGCUGGUUUUGAGCUGGAUGAAGAAACUGUUGAAAAAAUGCAACAAGGCUUAAGAGAUUACGCUAGAAAAUUGGUGGAGAAUAAAGCACGAGAAGAAGCUGGAAAGGUUCUGAUUCGCAUGAAAGAUAGGUUUUCUACAGUGUUUAAUCAUGACAAUGAUUCACUCCCUAGAGUUUGGACUGGGAAUGAAGAUAUCAGAGCUAUUACUAAAGACGCCCGCUCUGCGUCGCUGAAACUUCUAUCGGAUAUGGCUGCUAUACGCUUGGAUGAGAAGCCAGAUCAAAUUGACAGAGUCCUUCAGUUGUCUCUCAUAAACAAAACCAGUGCUGCAGCAUCUACCCAGUAUACAGACAAAGAAGCUUCUGUGGAUCCACUGGCUUCAAGCACAUGGGAGGAGGUUUCUCCUGGAGAUAUACUUAUCUCGCCAGUGCAGUGCAAGUCUUUGUGGAGACAAUUUCAAGGUGAAACUGAGUAUACAAUUACACAAGCUAUUGCAGCUCAGGAGGCCUACAAACGGAAUAAUAAUUGGUUACCUCCUGCGUGGACAAUAGUGGCAAUGGUCAUAUUUGGUUUCAAUGAAUUUAUGAUGCUUUUAAAAAACCCUCUCCUCAUAUUGGGUAUUUUUGUUGCCUACCUACUCGGGAAGGCACUUUGGGUACAAAUGGAUGUAGCUGGAGAGUUUCGACAUGGCACUCUGCCUGGGUUACUGUCCAUUUCGUCAAAGGUUUUUCCCACAGUUAUGAACCUUCUUAAACGUCUUGCCGAAGAAGCUCAGGGAAAUCCAGCACCUGAAGCAACAGAACAACAUCGUUCAGAUUCUCAGAUAUUCAAAAGUCAAGUGCAAACACCUGACUCAGUAUCAAGCUCAAUCUCCAAUUCAGUUCUAUCUAGUGUUGGCUCAUCGAAUGAUGACAGUGAAUUUUCAACCACAAACUUGUUACAGAGACAAAGAACAAACGUUUCUGAAGCUGAAUCAUGA